AUGGAUCUCCUGCGGGAUAAGAUAGACGAUGCCUUUGGUUGGACCAACAAACUCCUCUCUGAUGAUUGGCAGCAACGCCGUGCUGCGGCGCAAGCUACCCUGUUGCUAUUGGACCAGUGUGCAGAUGACGGAAAGUCCGAGCUUCUUCAAACAAAAGCCUUCACUUUGCUUCUCGGAGAAAAGUACAGAUCACAUGGAGAGACAUUGUUUGCUUAUGCAGAGGGGGCGUGGCAAGUUUCUUCGAGCGGCACCCUGACGGCUGCCGACUUAGAGUUUCUCACCAUGGCCUUACGGCGAGCCCAAGCUUACUUGGUGCAGGCCGUUGGCCGUUCCUAUUCCAAGGGACUUCGCUGCAGUGGUCUGGGAACUCAAAGUCGUUUUUCUUUGGCUGAUGAGCGGCCACUGCUAGAGUGGCAGCUUGGAGAAGUAAGCACAGCCAAGCCUGAGCAGCGCUCGCAGCAAUGGUGGCUGGGACUGGCAGAACUUGCCCGUGAUCUCCGGAAGCAGUUGGCAGACCACUCCAAAACACUUGUCCGUAACUUCAUGCGCUGGAGUGAUUCCAAGAUGGAUAGCAAGCGCAAGCCCGGUAUUGCUUUUUUGGAUUGUUAUCUUUCGACUUCUGCGGGGAAAGUGCGCCAAAUGAAGAAAGAUCCACGAAGAGGCUGCUAUGUCCUUGUUCCAGCCCCUCUUGUUUGGAAAGCCCCGGAUCAUGCACGAGAACGCCUGGCCGCGCUUCUCCUGAGCACCUUUGCGAAGACAAAUGGGCUUCACAUCCUUCUGGCACAAAUAACCCUGGCAGUAUCUAGAAGACGUCAGCCAGAGAUCAUGCACUGUGUUGUCGGUGGAGGGGCUGAUGGCAAGAGUAUGGUGCUAGUGGACUUGAUGCAGGCUGUUUUUGGCACUGGCUUUGCAAACCCUGCGUGCUCUCUUUUGCAGGUGGAGAGAGAAUUCCAGCAACAGGGUCGCGCUUUCUUCCAUUGCAUGAUGCUGAGCUUUGACGAGGCUCGUAGGGGCGCUGGCCUGAUAGAAGACGUGCUAAAGGUCUUCAUUUCUGGUGGCCUGCUUCCCCUCAGAAGAAACCACGAGCAGGAAACACACUACAUCAGUUUUGAGUACUGUGCGAAGAAUUGGCUGCUCAACUCCGCUGAUAUACCGCUGCUGCCAGCGGCCAUGGAAACAUCUCACAGUAGAAGGUUUCUGUGCACCUACAUGCGGAACGAGCUGACGCAUGAUCCACGAAAAGUCAACAUCGAGCAAUGCUGCUUCCUUGCAGACACUGAAGCAAAGAGUUUCUGUGCAUCUUCAGCCGCGGUGUGGGCCUUUUAUCACGACUGGGUCUUCCCCUUCAUGCAGAACACCUCUCUGGAUAAGUGCUAUCGCAUCCUUUCUCCUGACAACCCAGACUCCCAGACUGCCAAGGACACGCAAUGGUUCCUUCGACGAAUGGCGCGUCUGACAGACGCAACAACGCCAGAUGUGGACUCUGAUCCAUCGGGCCCUGCAGAAGACAUAGCGGAUACAGAGAUUGUGCAAGCAGAGAAAUUGGUGCGCGAAGUGCAUGCAGCCAUGACUGGUCCAUUUUUCCCUCCCUACACAGUCAACCGCUUCGCAGCGGUCAGCAAUCCUGGCGUUGGACAGAAAACCAAGGGCAGUACGAAGCGCCUGCGGUCCGAGUGCUUGCAAGAUGCAUCCCUGCGUUGGCCGCAUUUGGUGCGCACUGUGCUGCAACCUGCGGGCAAGUCCUUGAAGUUUCAACGUCGCAGCGUGAAUGUGGUUAAGAUGGAGCGUACGCUCGGUAGCCUAUGUGAUGCGCCUUGUGAAGUCUUUGGAACCUGGGAGCAGUGGGCUUGGCCAGAGGACGUCACAGGUGAAGCUUCGUGGGAUCCUUUCUGUUCAGGCGAGACGUGGACUUAA